CAGCAAUGGAUUUCGCCAUUCCACGAUUGUAUAAAAACAUACCUAUCUUUUCCACAAGAGUGUGUGUCAUCAAUUCAUCUUCCGCCUCCUGUCAGUCAAGUCAUGUCUACGUGCCUGCCCAAAGAUGCGUCUUACCCUUCCGAUCGCGAUCAUUAUGUGGACGACAAAGAUAAUGACGCAUCACUGUCUGAGAAAUCCACCAGUCAGGAGAAGAUAUCCCCUCUGGGUGCUCCCGUAGAUGAUACUCCUGCUGGUAUAUGGAAGUGGCUGGGGAGACGCCAGGUCGCUCACGACUUGGACGCGAUUGCCACUCAACCUUCGGUAUUUGAUGACCCUACCACACUUGAAGCCUAUCGCCCUCCGCCUCAGUACGAAAAUACUCACCGCUUUGACCCAAAGGCACGGUGGACUUGGCGGGAAGAGAAGCGCGUUGUGCGCAAAAUUGAUUUUCGUAUCAUGAUAUGGGCCGCGACUAUGUUCUUUGCUCUGGAUUUGGAUCGGUCGAAUAUCUCCCAGGCCAAUACGGACAACUUUUUGGAAGAUCUCAACUUGACAACCAAUGACUACAAUUUGGGAAAUACACUGUUUCGGCUCUCUUUCCUUAUCGCUGAACUCCCGUCGCAGCUCAUUUCCAAACGGAUAGGACCAGAUGUGUGGGUUCCGUCCCAGAUGGUUCUAUGGAGCACUGUCGCAUUCAGUCAAUUCUGGUUAUCAGGACGAGCAUCUUUCCUUGCCACGCGAUUCCUUCUUGGAUUUCUGCAGGGAGGUUUUAUUCCUGAUAUCGUCCUUUACCUCUCAUACUUCUAUACGAAGACUGAAUUACCAAUCAGACUUGCAUUUUUUUGGGUGUCCAACUACCUGUCUGACAUUAUCAGUGCUUUCCUGGCUACAGGCAUUCUUCAAUUGCAUGGAGUCGGAAACAAAGCCGGAUGGCGUUAUCUGUUCCUUAUCGAGGGAUUAAUAACCUUGGGUUGCGGACUACUCUCGUUCUUGCUCAUGCCACCUGGCCCGACACAGACCAAAGCGUGGUUCCGCCCAAAAGGGUGGUUUACAGAGCGCGAGGAAGUCAUCAUGGUAAACCGGGUUCUUCGGGACGACCCAUCUAAAUCAGAUAUGCAUAACCGAGAAGGUCUCAGCGUCAAGAACAUAUUCAAGGCCCUACAAGAUUGGAGAAUGUGGCCUCUAUAUUCGCUGGGACUUACACACAUGAUGCCUGUUGGACCCCCCCAGACAUACCUUACUUUGUCUUUACGAAACCUUGGCUUCGACACCACUGAGUCUAAUCUGCUCUCUAUUCCGUCAACCGUUAUUGGGAUUAUUAUGCUUUUAUUCACCUCCUUCUUGAGCGAAUCCAUCAACAGUCGCGUUAUCGCUACCGUCGUGUUACAAUUAUGGGCAUUGCCGCUUCUCAUUGCUUUGUACACGUUCAACAGCAAUACAUCAGAAUGGGUGUACUUUGCUGUCGUCACUCUUGUCACAGGGUUUCCCUACGUCCAUCCAAUUCAGGUAGCUUGGGCCUCGAGGAACUCGUAUAGUGUGAGAACAAGGACCGUAUCGGCCAGUGUUUAUAAUAUGUUCGUCCAGGCGGGCGCCAUUACAUACGCCAACAUAUACCGUAAAGAUGAUAAGCCUCUCUACAAACGCGGCAAUCGAGUCCUGAUUGGGAUAUGUUCCAUGAACAUUGUCCUAUACAUCUUAACAUACUUUUUCUACCGAUGUAUCAACGCGCGCCGUGACAAGAUAUGGAACUCAUGGACCAAAGAGGAACAACAAAAUUACAUCGACACCACAACAGAUCAAGGAAACGCACGAUUGGACUUCAGAUUUGCGUACUGACUUAUCUACAUUAUGAAUUAUAAGAACCAUUGAUAAUUGAAUGUUGAAUCCGAACUGUCGUCAGCAUGUAAAUAAUGGAUCUGACGGAUCAAGGUCAUUUUCAGAGCAAAAGAAUAACCAUUGUCGGUGACCACGAUAGCCUUCCGCUCGCC